AUGGGAACAAACUAUCCCGAAGAUUAUUCUCAACAACAUCACAUCACCACUAUUAAUCAACAACAAGAAUUGGCAACAAACAACAUGGAAGAAACCUCUUUACCAUUGAAAGAAAAUUCAAAAAGAAAAUAUUGUGUAAUUGGUGGUUCGGGAUUUUUAGGAAGUCAUCUAGUAAUGACUCUUCUCCGACGUGGACAUGCAGUUAAUUUGACAGUGAGGAAUUUGGGAAAGGUGGAAAAUUAUGAAUUUAUAAAGAAGGCUGCUUGUCAGGAGGGUUUGGAUGAUAAUUUGCAAUUUUUUCAAGCAGAUUUGGCAAAAGAUGGAAGUUUUUACAAUGCAUUUUUGGAUUGUGAUGGAGUGUUUGCUACUGCGUGUCCACUUGAUGAUGCACUCACCAGAAAUUCAUCAGAUCCAAAAUCAGAGCUCUUUGAUCCAAUUGUAAAUGGUGUGAAAAAUGUAGUGAGAGAAUGUGUAAAAAUUAGAAAGGAGCAGAACGAGAGAAAUGACUCAAGGAGAUUGAAGAGAUUGAUUUUUACAUCCUCCAUUACAGCAGUAUCAACAGAUGCUCUUUGGGAUUAUAAAUCAAAGAGUUGGCAUUACUUUGAUGAAGCAGAAUGGAAUGAUAAGGCAUCUCUCACUCAAUGUACAUAUGCCUAUUGUAAAACAAUGUCGGAAAGGGAAGCUUUUGAAUUAUUGAAAGGAGAAUUUUCAAAUACUCAAUUGGAAAUUGCAGCAGUUCUUCCUUCGACCAUGUUUGGACCAUCAAUAGGAAUUAGAAAGAAUAUUGGAAUGCAACCAAUUAUUUCAAGUAUUGUAGAUAUACCAGCACAUGUCAGAUUAUUCUGUCCAUCUGUCGAUGUGAGAGAUGUUGCACUAGCUCAUUGUCUAGUCAUGGAAAAAACAUCAAAACCCGUAAAUGAUCAAUCAAAUGGAUUUUACAUAGAUCAUGAUUACUUGGCAUCAAAUCAAGAACGUGUCAUUGUUCACAAUAACACAAUUUGCACAAGAGAUAUUUGUCAGGCCAUAUCAAAAUAUCCACAAGCUCUUCAAAUUCUUGAAAAAAAGAAGCUGAAACUUCCCACUCAGAUACCAUUUUUAGAAAAUACAAUCGGAGAUAAAAUCCUAUUGUUAGGAGCUUACUUAACAGGACCAAAACCUCAAUAUGAUUUAUUGAGAGGAAUGGUUGGGAAGGAAUUACAUUUUUCGAAUAAUUAUGUUAAAGGCAAAUAUGGAUUGGAGUUUACAGAUUUGGAUCAAACAAUACUUGAAACUGUGAUGCAUAUCCUUGAGCAUGAUAUGCACAAAUUGUAA